UCAGUCAAUCUGAACACGAAACUGCCCAUUAAUUGUGUGAAUUCUCUCUUCCUUGAAAUCAUCAAAUCAUUAAUCUCAACAGCUGCACACAUCAGAUUUCAGCAGCCCCACGCAACCGACCUACCCAACCCCCUUAAUUUUGAAUUGAAAACCCCACAAAAGUUUCAUAGUACUUAUACUUGAAACCAAAGAAAAACAAUCACUUUACAUAGAUAUUCUCCUCAGAUUCAAGAACCCAGUUUUUUGUGGGUUUUGAGGUGAAACAUGGCUAUUCAGUUGGAGAAUUUGGUGCAGUCUAUAAAGUCAAAGGUAAGAUCCUUAAAGAAAUCGAAGAAGCCUUAUGUAAAAAUGGACAAGAGUGCCAGUGUUAAGGUUGAAAUCCGCAGCAAAAAAGCUCGACAGCUCAUUGACAAGACUCUCAAGGUUGCUGAUCAUCCCGGAAAACGCAGUAUUUUUUAAAACUUUUAUAUCUCUCUCUAUUCUCUCUCUCUCACUCUCUAUACCUACAUCUAUUUAAAUAUGAGGAUCAUAUGAUGAAGAAGCAGCAAAUUUUGUGUUUUCAUUUAAUUAAGGAGUAGUGAUGUAUGGAGAUGGAAACACUAUCGAUGGUCGGAGUCCAGUGCUUUCAUUAAGUUGAUGGAAGAAAUAAAUGAUAUUUGGAAAUGAAAAGUUUUGUGGGAUUGAUAUUUUGUGGUUCAAUUUUCUUUGAGCAUGGUUAAUUGAAUCUUGAUUUGUUUCAAGUUAAUUUUUUCUUGCACGUUUGAUAUGUUGCCCGUUUGUCGAAGUUUCUGUUUUUGCUUAUACUUACUGUAUAGAAUAAUGCUAUUAGCACUCACUUAUUACAGGAGAUAUGUUAUUUGAUGCACGAUUCAAUAAAA